AUGUUUCAAAUUCUUCUGAUAAAUGAAAAAUCCGAAUUGAUAAAAUCAUUAUUAAAUGACAUUAAUGAAAAUAAAUAUAAUUGGAAUGAAAAUGUUAAAGCAUUAGCAUUACAAACUAUUAAGGUAUUAGGAAGAGAUACUAAAGGUUGUGACUAUUUAUUUUCUGAAGAGGGUUUUAAGAUUUUAUUAAAUCACGCAGAUAAUAUUAUAUCACAAGAAUCGUUGACAUGCAUUGCGAAUUCACUUUUAUUAAAGGAUAGCACAAGAAAUUUAUUUGAAAAAUAUAAUUGUAUUUUUACAAGUUUUGUGGUUUUCAAGAAUGAAAAUUUAUCAACAAGAGCACAAUUUUUAUUAUCUAGAAUAUUAUUUAUCAUUACUGUUAGUUCUUUAAGUGCGACUAAACAGCUUGUUGAUGAUCUUGGAAUAAUUGAUGUACUUUAUAAGAACAUUUCAAACAUUGUGAAAGAAUUAUCAUCUUUAGACUACGAUUCAAAAAAAGAAUCUUCUUCACCAUAUACUAAUGAAAUGAUUUUAAAUGAACAAUUAAAAUUACUUUUUAAUUUAAUGAUGAAUUAUCCUAAACUUGCUUCACUGUAUCAUUGUAAUAAUGAUGAUAAAGAGAACAACAAUGACAAGGGAAAAGUCAAAGAAAAUAAUACAAAAUUUGAUAUACUUCUUCCACCAAUUCUUGAAAUAAUUUUAGAACUUAAACCUCCUUCACCUUUACCAUUAUCACCACCACAUUCACAUGCAAUCCAUGCAUUAUUAAAUUUUCCUGUUGAAUUAAUUUUGUUUCCAACCUCAACCUCCUCCCAAUCAACUAAUCAGCAACAGCAGCAACAACAAAAUUUGCCAAAAUCAUCAAAAAAAAAAUCAAAUAAUAAUGAUCAAAAUAAUCAAUACUUAAUUUUAUACAAAUUAAUUGAUAUAUUAAAAACAAUGAUUUUCAUAACAAUUAAAGGUGAUCCUGAUUCUGUUAUUAAUGAAUAUGACAAAUAUGAUGUUGAUUUUGAUGAGACUAUCACUCCACUAAUUGUAUUAUUGAAGAGACUUGCUGAAGGAAAUCAAACUGCUAAACUCAUUUUAAGAAAUAAUUUAUUACCUGAUGAUGUGACUAAACCAUUAGAAAAGGGUGAUAGUUUAUCUGCAAGAUUGAUUAGAGUGAUGACAUCUGUUUUGUUACCAAAUUUAAAAGAAAGUAUAAGUAAUUUAUUAUUUACUUUAUGUGAUGAAGAUGCACAUUUAUUUGUACAUCAUGUAGGCUAUGGAAAUGCUGCUGGAUUUUUAAUGACUAAAAAUAUAUUAAUUCCACCUCCGCCAUCCACCACAUCAUCAUCAUCGCCAUCUUCAUCCAUAACGAACUCUUCUUCAAAAUCCAACAUUUCUAAUUCUUCAUCAUCAAAACCAAUUAAUCCCAUAACUGGACAAUAUUAUGAAAAUGAAAAACCUUCUUUAUCAUUAUCCAAUAUGACAGAUGAAGAGAAAGAACGCGAAGCUGAAAAAUUAUUUGUAUUGUUCGACAGAUUAAAGAAAACUGGCGUGAUGAAUGUUGUCGAUCCUAUUGAAGCAGCUAUCAAAUCCGUUCGAUUUCCAAUAAUUUUGCAAAAUGAAGACAUUGCUGGUUUGGUUCUCGAGGCUCUUAAAAUGAUGAGGGUUGACGAUUCCGCCCUGCCAGAUCAAGGCAGUGUCAUAAACCGCAUAACUAGUAAUGGCGGAAGAGAUAUCGAUAAUAAAAGCAUGGUCUUCAUAUUCCAAAAGGUUGAACAUUUGGCCGAUUGCGCACACGGAUUUCCUGUCUGGACACGCCGACAAAUAGAGUUUCCAGAUAUUGCUCACGCUGUAAUUAGAAUAAAUAAACUUUUAGCGUCGGGAAGUUUCGAAGUGGAAAAAUGUGAUUAA